AUGAUAAAAUUCCCUAAAGAUAAAAUACAAGCUAAUUUUAAAGUCUAAGAAUACUAAAAACAACACAAUUAAGACAUACUGAAAAUUUUUUAAGGACAUUAAGAUAUAGUUACCUCUCUAUGUAUACUAGAAAGCUCCAAAUUCGCCUCUGCAGGUGGAGAUUAAAUAAUAAGAAUGUGGGAAAUUGACACAGGGAACCAAAUAGGUAAUAUGCAUGGACAUUUAAAAGAUAUAUGGGCUUUGGUUAAAAUAAAAGAUUGCUUUUUAGCUUCGGCAAGUGCAGAUAAAACAAUAAGGAUAUGGAACUAUGAUAUAUUGAAAUGUAUAAAGAUUUUUCAUGGGCACACUGAUAUAAUAAAAUGCCUAUGUUUUUGUGAAAAUUAGGGACUUCUAGUUAGUGGAGGAGGCGAUAAUAAAAUUAAAUUUUGGAAUAUGGAAGAAUUAAAAUGGUCAAUGAUUGCCCAUAAUGGGAUGGUUAGGUGUCUUUGUUAUGAUAAGAAAGGGUUUUUAAUUAGUGGGAGUGCUGAUAGUACAUUAAAAGUGAUUGAUUUGGAAGAUUUUAGUGUCGCAUCGGUUUUAAAUGGUCAUUUCGGAGAUGUUCUCUGUGUAUGUUAUGUUAAAGAUGAAAUAGUAGCAAGUGGAGGGUCAGACAAGAAAAUAAUUGUUUGGAAUUAUUUAAAAGGAAUUUAAGUUAAGUAGUUUAUAGAGGGGCAUUUCGAAGGUAUUAAUUGCUUGCAUUAUUGUAAAGGGUAUUUGGUUAGUGGAGGAAGUGAUAAAAUUUGUGUUGUGUGGGAUAUGAAAGGAAAUAUGAGAAACAAAAUUAAAGUUCAUGCUAAUAUUGUUAGUUGUUUGGCUUUUAUUGAAAGAAGAAAUUUAAUUUUAACAGGUAGUUGGGAUUAGUGCAUUUUUGUAGAAUAUUAGCUUUGA